UACACGGGUGAAUGUGAUUGGUCGACAGCGAGCGAAGGAGGGCGAAGGGAAAAGCGGGGACGAGAACAAAAAUGGAAGGUUAAAAAAAAAGAAGAAAAAAAAAAGAAAAUAAAGCUUCGAGCCCUGAUGAAAAGUCUCCGCAACAACCCGUCGCCGAGCUCCAAUGUGAGCCACUCGAAGCGGGGAGGGCGGAAGAGAGAUUAGCUGCUGGAGAAGGAGCGGAGCGAGAGAGGGAGAGAGAGAGAGAGAGAGAAAGCGAUGUGGAAAAGCGAAAACAGGCAAAGCAGCGACCAGGAAAAAGUGUUGGCGUUCCAAGUUGGCGGAGCAAGACGAAAAAGAAGAACGCCGAGGCCCGGGAGGAUAUUUUUAGAUGCGCUGCUGGCGUAAACUUGGCCGACGACGCCGUUUUCAAAAUCGGCGCAGACGAGGAAGCGGAGCGACGCGACUGAACUGAAGCCUCCGGGAAAAGCCCCGCUUGGUCGGACCCGUCGUCGCGCUUUCUUUCUUUUUUUUGUUUUGUUUGUUUUUUGUGUUUUUUUUCCUCCCUCUGCCGUCGCGCGCCGAUGCCCACGGCGGACUGCCGGCUGCUCCGUCAUGGCCGGAUCAUGAGGUGCCUGAGCUGCCUGCUGCUGCUGCCCGACACACUGCGAAAGUCCAAGAAGCUCGGCGCGCUCCCGGCGAGGCUCCCGCUGCCGUCCUCCGACAAGCACACGAAGAUGGCCGCGGAGCUGUGCGCCGCCAACAACGGCGGCGGCAACCCCGCGAGCGGCACCGCGGUGGCGGACGCCGACAAGACGGCGACGAAAGAGGCCACGGCGACGGCGACGGCGGCGGCCACCGUGAGCCAGGCCGCCGGCGGGGAUGGAGAAGAAGGCGGCGGCGGCGGCCGUGGCGGAGGAGGCGCGGCGGCCACCAGCAGCCCCACCGACGACCAGCGAAACGUCAGCAACAACAACACCGCCGAGCCCCGCAGCUGGCAAGGAGGCCACCCCACACUCAGGGAGAGGAACGCCUUGAUGUUCAACAACGAGCUGAUGGCUGACGUCCACUUCAUUGUGGGGCCCCCGGGCGACUCGCAGAGAGUUCCGGCUCACAAGUACGUGCUGGCUGUGGGCAGCUCGGUCUUCUGCGCCAUGUUCUACGGCGACCUGGCCGAGGAGGAGGCCGACAUUCACAUCCCCGACGUGGAACCCGCCGCUUUCCUCAUCAUGCUCAAGUACUUGUACAGCGACGAGAUGGAGCUGGAGGCCGACACGGUGCUGGCCACCCUGUACGCCGCCAAGAAGUACAUCGUGCCGGCGCUGGCCCGGGCCUGCGUGGACUUCCUGGAAACCAGCCUGGAGGCCAAGAACGCCUGCGUGCUGCUCUCGCAGAGCCGGCUGUUCGAGGAACCCGAGCUGACGCGGCGCUGCUGGGAGGUGAUCGACGCCCAGGCCGAGCUGGCCCUGCGCUCCGAAGGCUUCCGCGAGAUCGACGCGCAGACGCUGGAGAUCAUCCUGCGCCGCGAGACGCUCAACGCCAAGGAGGCGGCGGUGUUCCAGGCCGUGGCCGGCUGGGCGGCCGCCGAGUGCCGGCGGCGGGGGCUGCCGCCGGCGGCCCGCAACCGCCGGCGGGCGCUGGGCCGGGCCCUCUUCCUGGUGCGCGUGCCCGCCAUGAGCCUGGAGGAGUUCGCCGACGGGGCGGCGCAGUCCGACCUCCUGACGCUGGAGGAGACGCGCGACCUGUUCCUGUGGUACACGGCCGCCAACAAGCCCCGGCUGGACUUCCCCACCGCCCCCCGGGCGGGCCUGGCGCCGCGGCGCUGCCGCCGCUUCCAGUCCUCGGCCUACCGCAGCAACCAGUGGCGCUACCGGGGCCGCUGCGACAGCAUCCAGUUCGCCGCCGACCGGCGCAUCUUCCUGGCCGGCCUGGGCCUGUACGGCUCCAGCGGGGGCGGGGCCGAGUACGCCGUCCGCAUCGAACUCAAGCGGCAGGGCGCGGCCCUGGCCCAGCGCCUCACCGGCUUCGUGUCGGACGGCUCCAGCGGGACCUUCCCCGUCUGGUUCGAGCACCCGGUGCGGAUCGAGCCCGACGCCUUCUACACGGUCAGCGCCGUGCUGGACGGCAACGAGCUCAGCUACUUCGGCCAGGAGGGCAUGACCGAGGUGCAGUGCGGCCACGUCACCUUCCAGUUCCAGUGCUCCUCCGACAGCACCAACGGCACCGGCGUGCAGGGGGGCCAGAUCCCAGAGCUGGUCUUCUACGGCUGAGCGCCCGACGCGCGCCCGCCGGGGCGCCCGGACUCUCCCGGCCGGGGCGCCCGGACUCUCCCGGCCGGGGCGCCCGG